AUGGAGCUAGACAGGCACCUUGAGGUCAUCACUGGUGUACCUGCCGCAAAAACCCUCUCCCCUUCGCGAUAUAAGCGACACUCACGGCUCUCAAAGAGCACGAAGUCUCCGUCCCUUAAACAGAAAGAAAAGACUGGUACAGCGCCCAAGGAUUCGGCGGAAUACUUGAAUGACCUAAUUCGGUCGAUAUACCUCCCGUAUGUACCCUCCAAGACGGCCAUCGUGGAUGUGUUGCCGGCCUUAGCUUCCUCUGCCAGUAUUGACCGAGAACUUCUAGCUUUCUUGGGGUUGUUUAUUCGCCAAUUUAUCCAGGGCUGGUACUCAAAAUUGAGCAGCGAUGAAGACUUCCUACUGGAGUUGGUAGCAAACAUCGCUCAUAUCACACGGGGUAUCGAGGAGAGAGGCCGCAAGUUAGAUCCCGUGAUGGUCCUUGACAAAGUGUGUCUUGUGCUAAACAAUCAUCUAGUGUCCUUGCGAACUGCACGGGAGGUUUCCGGGACAAACCUUUGCAACCAUAAUAAUAUGGUGGAGCUCUAUAAAAUACUAUGCGGUCAUUUAGCCGUGCCGCCUUCCGACGCUACAACGCAGAAUGAGGCACGAAGCCAGAGGAGUGGAGUUUACCAUAACGAUUCACAACACCUCUAUUUGUCCGUUCUUGUGCUCAAGGUCCUCAAGUUGGCACUCCCCCCGGACCUCUUUGACUCCCCACUUGCGCUCAGCUUCUUGAAGAAUCUAUUGAGUGAUUUGGUGUUGUCCAGCGUCGUUGAAAAGUUGAGCGAAAACUACUUUUGGUACGAGAUCCUCAUCAACAUCAGCCGCGGCGUGACGGGAGAGAAACACGGGGAAAAGGUGCCUCCUGAGUCUAACGAGGAGAAACAAAACCCGACAAUCAGCAUUAGGGGACGGAUUAUUAGCUUAUCGCGGAGGUUAUCUCAUCUAGUGGCGUAUACAACCUCGAUCCGCGACAGUGGGGAUACCCCUGCGAGACAGAAAGACCGAAUCCCUAUAUCUACACAUUCAGUAUUCACGUUGGCAGCGAAUUUAUUUUCCAUCCAAGCGAAACGGCCGUUAGUGUACGGGCUUGUGUGCUUCUUGCCCGUCCACAACAGGCGAAUGAACCAUCUCUUCCACAAUAUCACCCACCAUUUAAUGGGAAAGUUCCUCAAGGAGUCUACUGCAGUCCAAAUUCUUUCGAAGCUCCGAUCCACAAUGUUCCCCACCGACGAAGAGAUGGGCCCAUCUCGGAUUGACCCUACUGUAGAGGAAAGGGAGACUAUCAAGGCAAACGCCAUCGCCAGUGUGUCACAAAUGGUUUCAAAGUACCCCUUCGUUCAAAACUUUCUUUACGGCUCGCAGGCUGUAGACUUGAUGCCGAGGGAGAUUGAACAGUUUGUGGGCGCUUUCGAUAACAAGACUGUGAACAAGCUAUUGAUCAUGCAGUUGCUUGAUUGUAUUAUUGGCGAGCUAUUCCCUGAGUUGUACAGUCAGAUUGAAUGA